GUAAAGAAGUUAUUUAAGUCCAUGUGUGUUCCUUAUUUUUUGCUCGAACUUGAUCAAGCAGAGGACGCCAGGGGCCUGGAGAGAGCGCUCUCGGAGCUCACCUCGGAAACCGACGUGCCGGUGGUGUUUGUGAAGCGGCGAAAGAUAGGAGGCCAUGGUCCAACCCUGAAGGCUUAUCAGGAGGGCAGACUUCAAAAGCUACUGGAAAUGAACGGCUCGGAGGGUCUUCCCGAGUCCUAUGACUAUGACCUCAUCAUCGUUGGAGGCGGCUCAGGAGGGCUGGCAGCUGCUAAGGAGGCAGCCAAAUAUGACAAGAAGAUAUUGGUCCUGGAUUUUGUCACUCCAACCCCCCAUGGAACUAGAUGGGGUCUCGGAGGAACAUGCGUGAAUGUGGGUUGCAUACCUAAAAAACUGAUGCACCAAGCAGCUUUGUUAGGACAAGCUGUGCAAGACUCUCGAAACUACGGUUGGAAGAUCGAGGAGACAGUUAAACAUGACUGGGAUAAGAUGACAGAAGCUGUACAGAAUUACAUCGGCUCCCUGAACUGGGGCUACCGGGUCGCUCUGCGGGAGAGAAAAGUGACCUAUGAGAAUGCAUAUGGCCAGUUUGUAGGUCCUCAUAGGAUUAAGGCAACAAAUAACAAAGGCAAAGAAAAAAUUUAUACAGCAGAGAAAUUUCUCAUUGCUACUGGCGAGAGGCCACGGUAUCUGGGCAUCCCUGGUGACAAAGAGUUCUGCAUCAGCAGUGAUGAUCUUUUCUCCUUACCUUACUGCCCGGGUAAGACCCUGGUGGUUGGAGCAUCGUAUGUCGCCUUGGAAUGUGCUGGAUUUCUUGCUGGCAUCGGUUUAGAUGUCACUGUUAUGGUACGAUCCAUCCUCCUGAGAGGAUUUGACCAGGACAUGGCCAACAAAAUUGGCGAACAUAUGGAAGAACAUGGUGUCAAGUUUAUAAAACAGUUCAUACCAAUAAAAGUUGAACAAAUUGAAGCAGGGACACCAGGCCGACUCAGGGUGGUAGCCCAGUCCACCAGUGGUGGUGAAACCAUUGAAGGAGAGUAUAAUACGGUAAGGAAUGGACCCAGUUUCAGGACUGGAAAAAUACCUGUCACAGAUGAAGAGCAGACCAACGUGCCUUAUAUCUAUGCCAUCGGCGAUAUAUUGGAGGGGAAGCUUGAGCUCACCCCAGUAGCAAUCCAGGCAGGGAGACUGCUGGCUCAGAGGCUCUAUGCUGGCUCCAGUAUCAAGUGUGACUAUGAAAAUGUUCCGACAACUGUGUUUACUCCUUUGGAGUAUGGUGCUUGUGGUCUUUCUGAGGAGAAGGCUGUGGAGAAAUUUGGGGAAGAAAACAUUGAGGUUUACCAUAGUUACUUUUGGCCAUUGGAAUGGACGAUUCCAUCAAGAGAUAACAAUAAGUGUUAUGCAAAAAUAAUCUGUAAUAUCAAAGACAAUGAACGUGUUGUCGGCUUCCACGUACUGGGUCCAAAUGCUGGAGAGGUUACGCAAGGCUUUGCAGCUGCACUCAAGUGUGGACUGACCAAAAUGCAGCUGGAUAGUACCAUCGGGAUCCACCCCGUCUGUGCAGAGGUAUUCACAACCUUGUCGGUGACCAAGCGCUCUGGGGGAAGCAUCCUCCAGGCUGGCUGCUGAGGUUAAGCCCCAGUGCGGAUGCUGUUGCCGACACUCCAAGCCACUGCUGCGUUAACUUGCCCAAGUCCAAGGUGCAGAUUUUAGGAAGGGUUUUGUGCUUUGGCACCCGCGUGUCCCGCGCUGGUGGCACCCAAGGCCCCCUUGGAUCUCUCGGGUAGAAGGUGGUGGAUGGAAGGCAGACAGCGUCGCACUGGGGUCACCGUGACGGACUGGAGCUGACACUCGGCAGCGCGUCGGAGGGCGCGUCCAUGAAGUCACCGGCCCCAAGCCCCCGCGGUGGGCGGUGAUGGAACAAGUGCCGAGCAGUUUUAGCGCGACCUCUCCUUUCUGGAUUUGCUUAUUCUCAUUGUUUAGCUUUCUCAAUUUGAUCACUUUUUUCCUUUUUUUUUUCCUCCAAGGUGUACGUGAUUACUAGAGAUGAGAAACGUUAGCAGUCGAUUUUUGUCCAAAAGCAAGUGUUGUCUAGAGUGUGCAAGUAAGGUGCCUCGCGCAUGAGAGGCACUCGAAGGCUGCAUAGGCUUGUCCCGUGAGAGAGAACGGUCCCGGGAGUCAAGUGACUCACCUGUUGAGCAGGGUCACCCCUAAUGAGUUCCGUGUCCACCAACGAGUACGUUUAUGAUUGAAUCUGGCCAAAUUUGCCCCAUGUGCCACAUCACCAGUUGUGAGGUGACGGCCCCUUGGCCAGCCCGUCUCAAGCGACGUUCCCCGGCGUGGAACUUGUAGCAUGGUUCCUGCCAGUACUCAUCAUGGAGGCAGAGGUACACCUUAGAUGGGGAAAAACAAUAAAUGUUUUCCUUUACUUGGUUUAUUGUGUGUUGGUCAAAGUGAGCUCUUUUGCAAUAAGAAACAUUUAAUUUGUGUAAUACUGUUUUUUUGUUGUUGUUGUUGUAACUUUAGCUUUAAGUUAAACACACAAAUAUCACGGCCUUACUUUUCACACGUGCUGUAUGUAUCUGCCCCUUCCUAAGAACCACAUUCAUAGGAAAAUAGGUCUUCCCACACUUAGGAUUUAACUCUUCUGUGGUGAUCGUUUUUUUAAGGAAGCUAUUAAUAUCGUAAGUUAUUAUUUUUGAACACAGGUGGAUGUGAAGGAUUUUCAUUGAAAAACCGAAUGGUUUUGACUUUUUCUGCUGAAUGGAUGACCGUUGCUGGCAGAAUGGUGGCAGGUUUUGCGCUCCGUUAGCUUUCCAACUCGUCUUAUUACAAAGAGGGAUUGAGUCUGCAGCUGUAGAUUUCUGCGUGAAUGUGCUGACUGUUCCAGGAUUACGUGGAGGCCACCUUCUCUUUCUCUGAGUUGGCUUUUAAACGUGUGCUGUGACCACCGGGCCUCCCGUCCGCAGGCCCUCCCCUCUGCGUGUAUUCCAGCCGCAACCCCGAAUGCUUGGUUCAAAGUACAUUUCUUGGUCACCUCAGGGACCUUCUGCGCCUGCCUGGCUCUUAGUCAGCAGAGCGCCUGCGCCUGCCCCCCGGGGCGCUGCCUCCCGCCCUCACCCCUGCAGUGCUGUGAAGAAGGUGGGAAGGGACAAAGAGGGGAGUUGAGGCAGUUGACUGUGUUCAGUUUUAUUUAUUUUUUUAACCGUUGUUUUUUUUUUUUUUUCCUCCAAGCCUGCCAGUCUCUGAAGUUAGAACAAUAGGCAGUAUGAUUUUCGUGCCUAAUCAUGUUGUGAUUCUCUCUUCUUAGUGGGAUGGAAUGUUCUGUCCCCCCAAGAAGGAUUACACUUUAUAUAUAGAUUUGUCUUAUUUAGAUUCUGUAAUUGCCCACUGUACUGAGAUUCCUAUUAAAUUCCAUGUAUUUUUGUUAUGUAUCUUCUGGGAAAAACAGACAAUGUGAAACAUUAAAAGGUAUUAAUAUCCA